GUACGCAGGCAAGCCUCCAGAAUGGGAGGUGUGCUGGGACUUCUCAAGUCGCCACAAGCAAGGCAGCACGUGGACCGAAGGGCCUUACGUGGAGGCGCAGAUGGUUGAAGCCGUCGAUUACCACGCGUGGGCGCAAAGUCAGCAGCCUUGGUGGCCGCAGACACAGCCGCAGUUCUGGCCGGACCCAUCGUGGCAAUAUAAUAUGCCCCAGCUGCUGCAGAUGCAGGCAUCAGUAGGCAGCAGCUAUUCGGCAGCUGUUCAAGAAGCAGACACAAUCGCUUUGCCACCAUCUUUGGAAAAGCGGCUGCAGGAAUUGAAAAGCAACAAGGCAGCAACAAAGCCGGCCGCCCCUCCACCUCCUGACAGGGAGUUUGAGGGAAGCGUCAAGUCGCUAAGUGACAGGCAUGGCUACGGGUUUAUCGCCUGCCAAGAUGUACACAGGAUAUAUGGUCGAGAUACUUACGUGCCGAAGGACCUACUCCCUGACGGCAUCAAGGUGUUAGACAGAGUGAUUUUCAAAAUUGGCCUCAGCAAGAAGGGUCAUCCACAAGUGACGCAGAUCAGACGGGCUCUGGCUCCGUCGGAGUCGACCGAAGAUUGA